UCUUUUUCAUCUUUGUUCUUGUUCUUUGUCUGCAAUCCCAUUUCAUCUUUUUGGUCUAAUGAGGGGUUGAUUCCCCUGAUAUUAGACCCGUUUCCGAAUCAGGAAACAAUUAUCUCUAAAAAUGGGUUGCAUCAGCUCCAAGAACGUCUCAUGUUUAACGGACCAGAGUGUCUCACCGGUCCAAGAAAACGUCCCGGAACCCAAAUUCUCCACGAACCAGCAACAUCGAGCUUUUGUUGAUCAUUCAUUGGAGACGAGUCACAAUAGCAGACGGUCAAGGAGAUCAAAGAGGUUAGGCGCCGGUUCUGAUUUAAGGAUUGGUGUGAGCCUCAUUUCCGGGUUAUCUCAUAGGAACGUAGAGGCUGAGCAAGCGGCUGCUGGCUGGCCUGCUUGGCUAUGUUCGGCUGCGUCUGAGGCUGUCCAUGGUUGGGUUCCUUUAAAGGCAGAGGCGUUCCAAAAGUUGGAGAAGAUUGGACAAGGAACAUAUAGUAGCGUGUUUCGAGCACGGGAAGUAGAAACUGGGAAAAUGGUGGCAUUGAAGAAGGUAAAAUUUGAUAAUCUUCAACCAGAGAGCAUUAGGUUUAUGGCAAGAGAGAUUUUGAUUCUACGGAAACUCAACCAUCCAAACAUCAUGAAACUUGAGGGUAUAGUAACGUCUCGUGCUUCAAGCAGCAUUUAUCUUGUUUUCGAGUAUAUGGAACACGAUCUUGCGGGUUUAUCUUCGAAUCCCGACAUCAGAUUCACUGAGGCACAGGUCAAAUGUUACAUGCAGCAACUACUUUGGGGACUAGAGCAUUGUCAUAUGCGAGGCGUAAUGCAUAGAGACAUUAAGGCAUCAAACAUUUUGGUCAAUAACAAAGGAGUUUUGAAGCUUGGAGACUUUGGUCUAGCAAAUAUGGUCACAGCUAAGAACAGAAACCAAUUGACAAGCCGUGUGGUGACUUUAUGGUAUCGAGCUCCUGAGCUUCUUAUGGGAUCCACUAGUUAUGGAGUAUCAAUUGAUUUAUGGAGUGUGGGAUGUGUUUUUGCUGAGAUUCUCAUGGGAAAACCAAUCCUGAAAGGCAGAACCGAGAUUGAACAAUUGCAUAAGAUCUACAAGCUUAGUGGAUCACCACCGGAUAGUUUCUGGAAAAGAAAUAAGAUAACUCACGCAACUUCCUUCAGGCCUCAACAUACUUAUGAAGCCACUCUCAGAGAACGAUGCAAUGAGUUAUCAACAACUGGUGUUUUUCUAUUAGAAACUUUACUUUCAAUGGAACCUGAGAAACGUGGGACUGCUUCAUCUGCGCUUAAUUCCGAGUAUUUCUUGACGAGGCCUUAUGCGUGUGAUCCUUCUUCAUUGCCUAAAUAUCCACCAAACAAAGAAAUGGAUGCUAAACAUCGUGAAGGUCUUCGCAGGAAAAGAGCAAACAUCAAGCAAAGAGAUUCUGGAGUUGGCAGGAAACACAAAAGACCACAUAGAACAGAACACGAUCCAAAGAGUUACGCUAAGCUACCAAUAAGACAGGACACGUUUGAGGACAAGAACAUAACAAACGAUGCAUCUAGAGCGACCACAGCAACACAAGGAAACUAUUACAAACUAUCUGACCUUCCAAUGACCACAGGACCGGCUAGCGGUUUUGCGUGGGCCGUGAAGAGACGCAAAGAUCCUGAUAAUAUCUCCACUCUAACCUACUAUCAACCGAGCUCAAGAAGCCAGUUGAGCGGAACAAGUGUCGCUUUUGCUAAGAACACUUUCGGUUUAAACUUGAAACCAGACAAUGAUUCAGCCUGGGAGGUUCAGGGAGACGACGAUGAUCAAAUUAUCGAGGAGUUACCUAGUGAGGGCAAGCUUAGCCGUAUUGGUGAACGGUACGGAUCACUUGAUGGGUCUGGUUUGGAUUUCAGUCAAAGAGAGGAGGAUUCUCCAAAAAUCAAUCUAGAGCAUCUACAAUACGGAAAACAGAGCAUAUCAGGACCAUUGAUUUUUAAAUCAGGCAAGAUCGACGAAAUUUUGCAAAGGAAUGAAAGUAAUAUCCGGCAAGCUGUCAGAAAAUCUCAUUUCCAAAGGGAACAAGAUGACAGAUAACCUAGAGAGUCAAACUACCGAUCGAGAGGAAGGACAAAAUUCCACUUUUCAUCGUUGUUAGACAAAAGAGGAAAAAAAAAAGAAACAUUUCGGAAAAUUUGUGUCGUUGUUUAGACAAAAGAGGAAAAACAGAUAAUCAAUUCGGAAAAUUUGUGAAUCCGAUUAAUACCCAAAAUGUUUCUAAGGCCUCUUCGUUUUAUGAUGUUAUCAUGUGAUCUGCAUGUGAU